GUCCCAUGGGCCAUGAGAUCUCCGCUCUGACUGGCGGAACAGGCAACAUUCCUGCCUGUGCGUGAGCUCUAAGGGUCACUCCUGCUUCUCUUUCUGAUGGUCUUUCCCUGGCCUUGAGUAUUUGCCUCUCACACCUGCACAGAUCUGUACACACCUAGAUACCGGAGGAGGAGCUUCCACGGACUGUUGGAAUCUGCUGUAAAUUCAGCUCCUUCGUCUCUGAUCCAUUCACACCUAGACACUGGAGGAGGAUCUUCCAUGGACUGUUGGAAUCUACCGUAAAUUCAGCUCCUUCCCUUCUGAUCCAUUCACACCUAGAUACCGGAGGAGGGUCUUCUGCGGAUUGUCGGAAUCUACCGCACAGCGUCACCUUCGUCCCCUCCGGAGCUGCACGUGGCCUGAGCAGGAUGGUGCCCUCCAGCCCAGCGGUGGAGAAGCAGGUGCCCGUGGAACCUGGGCCUGACCCCGAGCUCCGGUCCUGGCAGCGCCUCGUGUGCUACCUUUGCUUCUACGGCUUCAUGGCGCAGAUACGGCCAGGGGAGAGCUUCAUCACCCCCUACCUCCUGGGGCCCGACAAGAACUUCACGCGGGAGCAGGUCACAAACGAGAUCACGCCGGUGCUGUCGUACUCCUACCUGGCCGUGCUGGUGCCCGUGUUCCUGCUCACCGACUACCUGCGCUACACGCCGGUGCUGCUGCUGCAGGGGCUCAGCUUCGUGUCGGUGUGGCUGCUGCUGCUGCUGGGCCACUCGGUGGCGCACAUGCAGCUCAUGGAGCUCUUCUACAGCGUCACCAUGGCCGCGCGCAUCGCCUAUUCCUCCUACAUCUUCUCUCUCGUGCGGCCCGCGCGCUACCAGCGUGUGGCCGGCUACUCGCGCGCUGCGGUGCUGCUGGGCGUGUUCACCAGCUCCGUGCUGGGCCAGCUGCUGGUCACCGUGGGCCGAGUCUCCUUCUCCACGCUCAACUACAUCUCGCUGGCCUUCCUCACCUUCAGCGUGGUCCUCGCCCUCUUCCUGAAGCGCCCCAAGCGCAGCCUCUUCUUCAACCGCGACGACCGGGGGCGGUGCGAAACCUCGGCUUCGGAGCUGGAGCGCAUGAAUCCCGGCCCGGGCGGGAAGCUGGGACACGCCCUGCGGGUGGCCUGUGGGGACUCAGUGCUGGCGCGGAUGCUGCGGGAGCUGGGGGACAGCCUGCGGCGGCCGCAGCUGCGCCUGUGGUCCCUCUGGUGGGUCUUCAACUCGGCCGGCUACUACCUGGUGGUCUACUACGUGCACAUCCUGUGGAACGAGGUGGACCCCACCACCAACAGUGCGCGGGUCUACAACGGCGCGGCAGAUGCUGCCUCCACACUGCUGGGCGCCAUCACGUCCUUCGCCGCGGGCUUCGUGAAGAUCCGCUGGGCGCGCUGGUCCAAGCUGCUCAUCGCGGGCGUCACGGCCACGCAGGCGGGGCUGGUCUUCCUUCUGGCGCACACGCGCCAUCCGAGUAGCAUCUGGCUGUGCUACGCGGCCUUCGUGCUGUUCCGCGGCUCCUACCAGUUCCUCGUGCCCAUCGCCACCUUUCAGAUUGCAUCUUCUCUGUCUAAAGAGCUCUGUGCCCUUGUCUUCGGGGUCAACACGUUCUUUGCUACCAUUGUCAAGACCAUCAUCACUUUCAUUGUCUCGGACGUGCGGGGCCUGGGCCUCCCGGUCCGCAAGCAGUUCCAGUUAUACUCCGUGUACUUCCUGAUCCUGUCCAUCAUCUACUUCUUGGGGGCCAUGCUGGAUGGCCUGCGGCACUGCCAGCGGGGCCACCACCCGCGGCAGCCCCCGGCCCAGGGCCUGAGGAGUGCCGCGGAGGAGAAGGCAGCACAGGCACUGAGCAUGCAGGACAAGGGCCUCGGAGGCCUGCAGCCAGCCCAGAGCCCGCCGCUUUCCCCAGAAGACAGCCUGGGGGCUGUGGGGCCAGCCUCCCUGGAGCAGAGACAGAGCGACCCAUACCUGGCCCCGGCCCCGGCCCCACAGGCAGCUGAAUUCCUGAGCCCAGUGACAACCCCUUCCCCCUGCACUCUGUGCUCCGCCCAAGCCUCAGGCCCUGAGGCUGCAGAUGAGACUUGUCCCCAGCUGGCUAUCCAUCCUCCUGGUGUCAGCAAGCUGGGUUUGCAGUGUCUUCCAAGCGACGGUGUUCAGAAUGUGAACCAGUGACUCUCGGGCGCCCCUGUGGUAACUUUGCAGGUGGCCCUCGGUGCAUCCCCAUGACCCCUGCCUCGAGGGCCGCCUGCCUUAGCAAUGGGGGCCUCCGCUUAUCCUGCUAGCAGGCCCCCUAGGAUUCCCCCUGCCCUGUGCCGCACUCUGGCGGUGGCCACAGGGUGCUGGCGACACUCAGGGCAGCUGCCUGGCCAUGCUGUCCCUGCCCUGUGCCCCGCGGGCUUUGGUUGCUGGAAGAGGUGGGUGGUGGGCUUCUGCGUCCACCAGGCAUCACUGGCUCAUGCCCCUUGGGGGGUUUGAGACAAAUCCUUUCUGCCCCCCAGGGCUAGUGAAGUGGCCUCUUAGAUACCAGCUCAGGGGACACUGGCCCCACAGGAGUUGUGAGCCCUCUAGGGCAGGGUGGGAGCCGGGACCCUGAGGUGUAGCUGAGCUGUGACAUUGCUGGUCAUCCUUGGUGCUCUUGCUUUUUUGAAAGAUGCUUUUUUUUUUUUUAACUGACGUAGAAUGAAGAACUGCAUGUGGCUUCUCUGUCUCUGUGGAAAAGCCAUCUCAGGUUGGCGGCAGACACAUUGUCAUCAGAGGGGAGCAGCGGCUCUGGUCCUCGGAGCUGGUUCCUCUCUCCCACCCUAAGGGCAGCCCUCCAUGGUCCUGUCUGUCCUUCUGAAGUGUGUCCAUCCUGACCUGCGGGUCCUCAGCUGCUCCCACACUUGUGCCAGCCCGGAGGGGACUGGUCCCGGUCACCGCGGACGUGCUGGCCUUGGUAUGUGCCAGGCUUGCCUGGGCUGGGCAGCCUUGGGGGGCUGCCUUUGUGGUGGGCGCUGGGGAAGUACGUCCCAGCGGCCUCAGGGUCUAAGGAGCGCUAGUGCCUUGCCCACAGGUGCGGGACCAUCUGAUGUGAUGUGAACACUCUUCCCGCAUACAUUAAACACGCUUGUUAAGUGCGUGUGCGCAGGGCUUCUGAUUCCGGGCCGGCCUGGCCUGGGGGUUGAGGGUCAGCAGUCGGCGAGGAGGCCAGGAGAGGCGUCCCAGCCUUCUUCCGCCUCCAGCCCACACGGGGCCUUGGUGCCCAUGAGCUGAGCACCCCCACAACCCUAGUCAACGGCCCUAUCCUGUGGGGCCUCUGCCACAUCUCUGCGGCCCCGGGUGAAUGGCUGGCUGCUCAGCAGCUCAGCACGGAGAGCUGGGGGGAGAAUCUCUGGCUGGGGAGGGGCUGCUGGAGCUGCUGGACCCAGGGCUCUCCCGAGGUGGCUCAGGGGAGUAGGCAUCGUGGGGUACCCUGGGUUGAGGCAGAGGCUGCACGUGGAAGAUGGCCCGAGUCAGUGGAUGGUGCCGGUCAGACAGGGCCGUGGUCCCGGGUGCAUCCAGGGGCUCUGUCACGGCCGCCCUGGGGACCCUGCUGGGAGGGGUCUGCACCAGCCAUUUCCUGGGCUGGUAGAUCUAGCAGGAUGUGAUGGGUGGAGGUGGGCUGGGCCUGUGCCAUGGGCGUCACUGGGGAGGCCCACACCGCCAUCAGAAUCCUCCUCCCAGCGCCUCCCCCACCUGAGGGCCUGCUCCCUCCGCAGCCUGCUCACUGCACCCACUGCCUGCCUGCCUCUGAGUCCUGCACUCACCCGGCCACCAGGACAGGGAUGGCUGUCAGGAUGUAGUGUUGCUGGGAGCAAGUCAGGUCCUGCUGUGAGGAGAGACCUGAGAGUGUUGGUGUGUGUCCACACACCCGUGCAUGCCUGUGUACCUGUGCACACUAUGGAUGCUCCUGCACACCUGUGUAUAACUGCACACCUGUGUAUGCCCAGGCACACCCGUGUACAACUGCACGCCUGUGUAUGCCCAGGCACACCUGUGUAUAACUGUGCACACCCAUGUAUGCCCAGGCACACCUGUGUAUAACUGCACACCUGUGUAUGCCCAGGCACACCCGUGUACAACUGCACGCCUGUGUAUGGCCAUGCAUGCAUACCCCAUGUAACCGUGCGUGCCUGUGCACACUCCGGAUCUGCCAGUGGGGCAGUCCAGGGAUAAAAGACUCCUGAGAACUCC